UGAAAACUCGUAAUUUGGGUACAAUGUCUCCCUUCCAGAUCCAAGCUAAAAGUUUGCAGUCCAUACAUGAAUAUUACUGCACUGGUCAUGACCCUAAUAUUAUGAACCAGGAUUUGUAUUGAGUUGAAACUCCAUUGACAUUUAAGGAACAGAUGGAAUCGUUAAAAUUUAACACUCAGACACAGAAGAAGAUGAAGACUCUGAAUAAAAGUGGGCUGACACUUUCAAGUUUGUUACAACUCAAAUCCCCAGGGGUCAAAUCGUUCAGUAAAUAAGAUUCAAUUGAGAGACAAGUUCUUUUGGAGGAAAUUGAUGAGAAAAACACCAAAUAAUAGAUUGAGGCUCAGAAGAAAUAAUACAGGGUUUAAUAGAAAUUUGUAUCAGAAUGUUAACAAACAAGGCAAGCUCAAGAGUAUUAUUGAGCUCAAUAAAAUGAAGUAUAAGCGUGAUAAUUAUAAAGUUGACCCUAAGUUAUUGAUCAAACAAUCCCAGCUUUUUCAAAAGAAGUAAGCUGAUUUAAGAUAUCUAAAUUUUACAGAAGAAAGAAACCUUUAAGGAAGAUAAUUAAUAUGAGCGGUAAAAAGGUAUGGACGCUACUAACAAGCAUAGAUUAACACUGACCUCCAAAUUUUUGAAAUAUAAUAAGUGUUUU